AUGGGUAUGCCGGCGACCAAGCGUCCGCGGGAAAAGCAGCGGGAAUACGGCGAGUUUAAAGUCGUGCACGACCUGUCGACGACGGAGCAAGACCGGGCGAACUGGCUUGCGUUGGCAAAGAACAAACGCCGACAGCGCGAGGGAAAGCGAGAGCAUGGAUUCGAUGGAUUCGAUGGAGACGGCUUGCCGUUAUGGUUCUACGACCUACGACCUGAGACCGAGGACGAAGACGAGGACGGGGAUGAUGGGACGGCCUUGCUAGUUUGGUGGCAUUAG